UCUGAGGGGAGCUGCUGGCUGCCUGUAGGGUUAUAGGAGGUAACGUGUGAACAGCGAACUGGGUCAACCCAGCCUGCAAAUAGCAUGACACAACCCUUCAACUGAUGAUGGCUAUUCGAGAAUUGAAAGUCUGUCUCCUUGGGGAUACUGGUGUUGGGAAGUCGAGCAUAGUAUGCCGAUUUGUUCAAGACACCUUCGAUCUCAAUACUCUGCCCACUAUUGGUGCCUCAUUCAUGACUAAGACUGUGAGCUGUGGAAAUGAGCUCCAUAAGUUUCUGAUUUGGGACACAGCUGGCCAAGAACGGUUUCACUCACUGGCUCCAAUGUAUUAUCGUGGGUCUGCUGCAGCUGUUAUAGUUUACGAUAUCACAAAUGAGGAAUCCUUCUACACUUUGAAGAAGUGGGUAAAGGAAUUGAAGGAGCAUGGGCCUGAAAAUAUUGUGGUGGCAAUUGCUGGAAACAAAUGUGACCUUUCUGAUAUGAGGGAGGUUACAGUUAAGGAUGCCCAGGAGUACGUUAAGUUCAUCAAUGCCAUCUUUGUUGAAACAAGUGCAAAGAAUGCCAUUAAUGUUGGAGAGCUCUUUGAAAGAAUCAGUCAACAAAUUCCACCUUUGGAUCCCUCUCAGCACAAUAGCAAUGGAGCUUUCAAAGUUGGAAGGCACAAGGUACAACCGAGCAGGCGCUGCUGCUGAGCAGACAGUUGUAUCGGGCGAACAAACUCAAGCAGCGUUGAAUCAAGAUCGUUAUAGCAAGCAGGGAAAAAAAGAAAACAAAAACCUUUUUCUUGUGUUAUUGUUUGAAUUAUUUAGCAGUCUCCAGGUUAUUGGUCAGUGGUUGGUCUGCUGAUUCUUUCAUUCUAGCACACUGAUGUCCUGCUUUCAGGAAGUUACUUUAGAAUUCCCAGAGAGACCUCCUGCACUAUGAAUGAAAAUAUUAAAAUGCCAAUUAUCAUUUUUGUUAUUUUUUUUUCUCCAUCCUUUUUCUGGUUUUUUUUUGCCCUUUAUUUGUCCUCUUCUGAGUACAGUGACUGAAGUCCCAUCCACGUUGUUAUUCGCAGUCUUUAUCACCUGCAGCUCGGAGCAAAUAAAGUUUCUUCAAUAUGUUCCCAGUGUGUGUCUAUAGCCCACUACUGAGCACUUUAACUGUAAUGAUAGUCCCAAUUAUAAAUUAAUAAAUUGUCUGUUUAUUUUGUCCUGGCUGAUUUAAAUGGGGAAAAAAAGCUCAACUAAAUCUUAUGAAAUGGCGAUGAAGCAUUAUAAAGGUUGAAAACUUUCCACUGUUCCUUACACCUGUGCAUUUAAUAGGUUUAUGGCAUGUGGUCAUAUAAAAGUUAAAACUGUUCCUUUGCCAAGUCCAUGAGCUAGAUGGGAAAAAGACUUGCCUUUGUGUGCCAAUGGGCUAUAAAGAGCAGGAAAUCCCAGAUUGAUCUUUGGCUUGCAUUGUUACCUGGUCUUGACAGGUAUGACAGUUGACAUCACCAAGUAUUGAGUCAGGGUGAAAAGAUUAGUUAAGAAUCUCACUUUUGUUCGCUGGCCAGUGGCUCCUGGGGAAGGAAUGUGGUGGUACGAACGGGUGGAUGUGGGUUGAGGGAAGAGUGAGAGAAACCAAUGGUUGCCAAUGGUGAAUAGCUUAUCAGUACUCAUUAGCUAGGUUUAUUCAUGAAAAUGAUGAUUGGACAGCCCAAUAAGGAUCAAUGACCUCAGGAAAAAAAAGCAAAAAGAUCGAGGGGGUGCUGGCAUCGUAGUAAUGUCACUGGACUAAGUGAGAACAUUGCGUUAUGAUCUGGGAACAUAGAUUCGAAUCCUACCAUGGCAGAUGAUGAAAUUUGAAUUUUAAAAAAAAUCUGAGGUAAAAAGCCAGCUAAUGGUGACCACGCCAAUAUUAUAAAAACCCAUUUUUUUAAGGGAAGAAAAUCUGACCAUCUUUACCUCGUCCAGCCUACAUUUGGCUGCAGAACCACAGCAAUGUGGUUGACUCUUAGCAGCCCACUGGAAAAUUAGGGAUGAGCAAUAAAUGGUGACCGAACCAGUGAUGCCCACAUCCCAUGAAUGAAUAAAAAAAUGCCCUUCUGUAUAUGGCAAAAACUACUAGAGCUUAGUUAAGAAUAUAUAACUUCAGUAUCUGAGGCAGAGGAGAUGCAAUAAACUAAGGCAUGCUUCAGUCAAUGUACUUAAACUUCUGCAAGUCUAGGUCCUUAAUCAAUGUAUUGUUGUCUUCAGCCAACUUUUCAUUGACACUCAUCACCAAGUCCAAGAAUUCAUUGGUUACAUGUAAUGGACAUGUGCAAUUGGAAAUGAAUUGAAAUUGCUUCAUACUCAGUGCAUUUUUAACAACCUGUACAGUUAAAUACAAAUAGCUUAUAGACUUUUGGUCUUUUCACUGAUCAUGAACAAUUUGUGUCUCAGAGAUCAUUCAGGUAAACUUUGCAAUAACGAACUGGGUAUGCAUUCUGCAUAGUUCACAGUCUUUAUUUCAUUUCCAUGGUCCCAGCCGCUCAUAAUUUACUAUGUGCUUUAUAGGGGCAGAAUUUACUGUAACUGCCGCAGGAACAAUGCUUGUUAGGCUUUUUGCAAACUUCCCAGCUUAAUUACCCCAAACCAGGGCAUGACAAAUUGGAGCAACUGAAAGGUUGAAACAGCAUGAAACUUCUUACAGAGGAUCUGGGAUCUGUAGGAAUAGGGCAAAUAGUUGUGUUUCUGCUUAACGGAUCAUGUUGAAGAAUUGUUAAUGGACAACUCAGAAUCUAAUCAGGGAGUACAAGUUUGAGAUUUGAUGUUAUUUCAGAAAGUAAAUUGAAGGAAAGGAAAGAAAAAUUGAAUGAAGUGUCAGACAGGGAGAAGGAUAGAAAGAAAAUAUGAAAAGAGUAAUUUAGUUUUUGUUUUCAUCUCCAACAACAACUAAAACCUGUGAAGGAAUACAGUUUAAGUCUAAGGAGUUGAUUCUCAGAGUUGUAAAAGCAGUUUGGCAGAAUUUAAGAUUGAUCAUGCCAAUAAAAAUGAUAAUCAGCCUGAAAAGAACAAGCCCGAAUGUCGUGUAGUGAGUUUGAUUUGUAUCCCUGACUCAGGUCAUGCCGUUCAAUAUAUAUGAAUGUGAAGCCAGAUGGUAAUUUACCAUGUCCGCAUAGUUUAUAGGUGAACAACUGAAUCAAUAACUUUUGGAUUUUUGUUCUUCUUUAUCUCUAAGUUCCUCCAACUCUUAAACUGUCUGAGAUAUCCAUUCUCUAUGCCUUAUGACCUCUUGAGCUUUAAGCUGCAAAGGCAUUCUAUUUUGAAAUCUCUCCUAGACCUCUCUGUCUCCACCCUUCUUUCUAAAACCUACCUUGAUGACCAUGCUUUUUGGAUAUCUGCCCUAAUAGCUUCUGAUCUGGUUCUGUAUGAAAUGUAGUUCAGUAACAUUUCUAUGAAGCAUCUUUGAUAUUUUAUUACACGAAAUAAAAAUUGUCAAUCGUCCACCUGCACAUGCCUAAUGUUAUGGUCAAAUUAGACAGAAAUGAGCUGAAAAUGUGUUGCUGGUUAAAGCACAGCAGGUUAGGCAGCAUCCAAAGAACAGGAAAUUCGACGUUUCGGGCCAGAGCCCUUCAUCAGGAAUGACAGAAAUGAGAAUUGUUAACCUCACAUUUCUUUUUACAUCAAAUCACCGUCCUAUAUUAAUAUAGCCCUUUAACUCUCAACGUUAUCUCUAAUAUUGAUCCAUCCCCUUUGGUGAGGAGUUUUACAACAGCACCUACUGCUCUUGUUGAGACUCAGACAAUGUGAUGUAUCCAUUGUGUUAUUUGAAGGGUGAGUGUAUUUUUUCCAUCCUCGAUUAGAAAGGGCUUUUCAUCAGUUGGCAUUGGUUUAGAUAAUGCAUUGUACAGCUCUGUCAGGCCAUUCUCAUCUUUGUUAUGGUAACAAAAUCCUUUAAUUGAGUAAUUCCAGGGGCUUUUAUGGUUGACAAUAUUUCUCAAACAAUUGCAUUUUCUGAAUGAAACAAUAUAGAGAAUGUUUUAUAUCUAAGAGUCAAAUAAAGUCAGUGAUAGGGGUUCUCAGUGAUUGGAUUGUCCCUCAGUUUCUUUUUUCCUUUGUCUUGGAGAAAAUAUUCUUCUAUUUCAAGCUCCUAUGUUUCACUUUUAGCCUAAUGGAUUGCAAUUUAAUUCAGGUUCUUGUUGUAAAAUUCAUUGCUCACCAUUCAAUGCUCUCAGCAUGUUUAAUGCUCAUAGAUGAACAUGAGAACUAGGGUCAGGAUCAGGCAAUCCUGGCUGCCUUUCAAUAUGACCUUGGCUGAUCUCAUUUCAGCCUCAACUGCACUUUCCUGCCCUGUCUCCAUGAUCUUUCAACACAUGACUAAUUAAAAAUUGGUUCAUCCCCUUCUUGAAUUCUCUUCAGUGUCCCAGAUAGGUACAUGAACAGGAAAGGUUUACGGGGAUAUGGGCCAAAUGCAGGGAAGUUAAGUUUGGGAAGCUAGUUCAGCAUGGAUGAGUUGGACUGAAGGGUCUGUUUCUGUGCUGUAUGACUCCAGUAAAUUCUAGGUUUGCAAUCCUUUGAGAGAAGUAAUUUCUCCUCAUCUCUGUUUUAAAUCUGCCGCCCUUAAUGUCAAAACCAUGACCUUUCAUUCUGGAAUGCUUACCAAGGGGAAAUGCUCUGUCUAAAUUCUCACCCUAAACCACACUGCCUGCUUGUCAGUCUGCCUCUUCCCUCAACAGACCCUUUAAAACCUGCUUUCUCCUGCUCAAUAAAUGUUGGCUUUUCUCGUGAUCCUACAGCCCAAAUAACCAAAAUAACAUGCACAAAUAUUUGUCCAAGUUGAAGAAGGUUUUUAGAUUAGAUUACUUACAGUGUGGAAACAGGCCCUUCGGCCCAACAAGUCCACACCGACCCGCCGAAGCGCAACCCACCAAUACCCCUACAUAUACCCCUUACCUAACACUACGGGCAAUUUAGCAUGGCCAAUUCACCUGACCCGCACAUCUUUGGACUGUGGGAGGAAACCGGAGCACCCGGAGGAAACCCACGCAGACACGGGGAGAACGUGCAAACUCCACACAGUCAGUCGCCUGAGGCAGGAAUCAAACCCAGGUCCCUGGCGCUGUGAGGCAGCAGUGCUAACCACUGUGCCACCGUGCCACCCCUCAAGCAUCAGGGUUGCCUUGAGAAGUGCUUUGCACUACGAGGUGUCAGCAUGGAUGAGUUGACACCUCAUAGUGCACAGGGAUAGGUCACCAGGUAUUUGCCUAUUCAUUUGUGGCCCUCCUCCUUUGAUCGUACUAACUGUGCCUACAGCUGUUCCUGGGAGUGGCAGGUUCAUUCCCCUGGAGCUGUGUGUGUACCUAUCAGUAUUUCUUUAAAUAUUUUCAACUGAAAACAUGCAGAACAGUUGCAAGAUGCCAAUAGCACUGACAUUUUCCACCUUUUAGGAGUUUAAUUCCAUUGUAUGAACAUGGAUACAGUGACAGUCUUGAACUGAAAGUGUUUUAUGAAAUUACAUGCUUCAUACACAGAUUUAGCUCUGAAGUAUUUGCAUAAAAAUGUGCCAAUAGUCAAUUUAAAUGAACGGUCACCUCUUUGCAACUGUAAAAUCUGGUCAGAAUGCACCCCAAUUUAAUUUGUUUUAUUUGUUGCUUAAUAACAAAUUUGUUAUGUGUUCAUCACUGUCAGGGUCAGCAUUUCUUAGCCAUCCCUAAUUGCCCUUGAGAAAAUCAGCUGUUUUCUUAACUGUAUAAAAAAUGCUGGAAAUCACAGCCCGUCAGGCAGCAUCCGUGGAGAGAGAGCAACAUUUCAAGUCUAGGAUGCUCCCAAACCCACUAUGACUUCCAGCAUUUUUUGUUCAGUACAGAUUCCUUCAUCUUCAGUAAUUUGCUCCUCAGCUCCUUUCCUGGUGCCUGUAUACACAGUAAGGCAGGUUGGUUUUAUUCCAGUGCAGAUUCAAAUGGACAAACCAGCCACAUUAAAGGCUUUGUCAUAUUACGAAUGAAGUUUAUACCAUGUCGUCCCCAUUCUCAUUUCUUUUUAUCCGAUGUGCUGUUCACCCUCCUGCACAGGAUGUAAGUGAGUACCGUCUUUCGAGAUUUCUGUGACAAUGUUCUCUUGUGGGCCAUAGGAAGAAUACAAAGAUAGGAUAGGGUAACUCCGCAUGUAUUUUCACUCUUUGUGGAGUGGCUUGUGCUCAGCAACUUCUUGUAAAGACUGCCUUUUUGGGAACUGGCUGUGCAGGAAAACACUGACACAAACCUGAAUUCCGUCACUCCAAUGUGUAGCAAAAAUAACAAUUGCUUCAAUACCUCUGUAUUCCACAAUCCUUUUGACACGAACAUGCGAAAAAUGUACCUGAAUUGUGCAACGCGAAUCAUCCAUGUCAACCAGCAAUUUUCCUAAUUAUUGAACCAUUUUGUUUCAGGAUUAUUAAACCACUGCUCUCAAUGUCUUCUUUCAUUGCUUCAGGUUAAAGGCUCUGUGAUCACCGAUCAUACUGUCCAUUACUGAAUAAUCACAUGUUUUGACUCUUUGGUUUAAAUUGUGUAAAAACAUCCCACUGAGAUUUUAUUUUCAAUUUAAGUCAUUGUUACGGUAAUGCUGCAAAUUAAUCACUUUUUUGUAUGACAGUGUCAGCUAAAAGGGUAACUUGGCUGCAGUUCUAAAUAAAUCUAUCCAUGUGCCUUGAUCAAUAUAUAAGUUAAAGAAUUUGUAUAAAUUGACACCAAACAUAAUCACAUGGCUUUCCAUGACCAGACUCUUUGGUACAAAUUCGGCAUUCUGUGGGUCAAGUGAAACUCCUUAAAAGCUGAGCACAAUUAAAAUAUGUUUUUCUUAGAUUGGGCUGGUCCCAUGUAGUACAUGUCAAUUAAAUGGGUACAAUGUUUAUAUUAUUCUCAUCACUAAUACUGUGUAGUAGUACUAUUAACAUAGCAGAGUUGCCUAAAGUUAAGUGUUUCAAUGUACAUUCAAUAA